AUGAGGUCAUCUCUGGCUGACCUCCAGUUUGCGCUGGUGAUCCUCCUGCCAUUGCUAGACGUGCAACUAUGUCUGGCGAGCCCCCGAAAGGCAGUUCAUGCCCCACGUUAUAUCGCAACACACUCUGGGAAUUUUUCAGGUACUAGUGUUGGACCUUUAGGUAUAAGCACGUCUGCGAGCACGAGCGCAAGCACUACAGCAAACACAACCUCAACCACGACAUCAGUUCAGAGCACCACCACCUUACUUUUCAACAGUACCACCACCACUGAGGCAAGUAGGCAGGCCAACCCUUCAUCUACAAGCACCAUUGCGACGACUUCAAUCUUAAAGAACCACGAUGCGUGGGGCGAUUGGGUAAACUCAUCCCCAACGUCAAACCACCAUCCGUCGGGUGAAGAUGGACCCUCCGCUCAAGGAGGAGGCUGGCGACCCGAUCGAGGCGAUAACUCGGGUGCUUCAGGAGGAGGCUGGAGACCCCAUCAAGGCGACAACUUGGGUGCUUCGGGUACAGAUAACAGCCGUCCUGGAGAUACUCCUCCACAACCCGGUGGCAAUGGACAACAUGGUUGGACAGGGUCGUCUUGGGGCGGCUAUCAAAACUCCACCACAGGAGACAACACCACAAGCGACGGAAACUGGUAUGGCGAAAACGACGGUGUCCCUGCUCUGACGGAAGAGGAUAUCCUCUUCAUCAUCUCCGAACGCGCCCUCGCCUACGCUGGUUUCCCAGACUCGGACGGUUCUACAUGGCCUAUAAACGACUCCGUGGUCAUAACGAAGAGACAGACCACAGGCGACUUCGACCCGAGCAAGUUCGGUGGACCAAAUACUCUACAGAAGUGGAAUGAUCUAGCAAUGGACGAAUGGCUGGAGUUGUACGUCGCUAAGGUCGACAUACCCGGGCAGCCGGGUAAGAAACUCGCCAACAGUACCAACUUCUUCCGUGAUUUUUGGUUGUCCACGGGCGAGGAGAACAUAGUCCUAUGCACCAGCCUUCUAAGCGAGUGUAAUGUGGCCGAUAUCUCGGACGAGAAGCGCUUUAAGAACAUUAGCCGUGAGGAUGCUUACCGUGCUCAAUUUGUUCGCCAAGUCAUGAAAGUAUGGCAGUCCUCGAACAGCCAGGCAUACCGGAUCUUGUAUGACACAGUGACAUCUGAUCAGCUUAAGGUCACCACGUCACACAACGUGCUUGUCCAAGGUACUCCUCCGCCGAGCACGAAUAUUUUCGAUGUCAUUGUUCCCGCCAUCGCAUUCCUGGGGGCAUUUGUACCUGUUCUGGCGCCCGUGGCCGGUUUGGUCUCGGGGAUCUACGCGGUCGGUAAAGCAGUCACCAAGCGCGAGAACGUCGUGGAAAAUGUGAUCUGGGAGGAACCUCGGAUGAAUUCUAGCGAUGCAUUCGAGACCCUCCAGAAACGAGAUGAUGAGCAGACCGCCGCGAUAAGCGAUCUCCUUGACCGUGUCCAUAAGCUAGAAAACAAGCCACCGAAAACGUGGCUCGACCAGGCAAAGGAUCCACAACAAAUCGGCAAGGGCUUAGAGGCCGCAGCUAAGAUCUAUCUGGCCAUCAAGGGAUUGAACCCAAGCCUUCCCUCGUCUAGCAUUUCAUCCUGGGAUUUCUUCGAUCAAAAAGUGCUAGAAACACUACAAGUGUUCCCCAAGAAUAUUCUGACCGCCUUCGAACUGAACGUCAAGACUUACUGGCCACAGCAGACCACAAAGAAAGAUGGGACUACGAUCCUCUCUAGUGGGAUGAGACCAUUCCUCCUAGGUGGCACUUGGUCGUUGGCCGAAGCUCAUACGGAGGAGCCUUCCGCGACCAUGGCUAAAGUCAAGAAGUAUCUAGAUGCUGUUAUAUUUAUGCAGUACGUCCAGCAGCAAGCAUUCUACUACUGGGUCCAGAACUUCCCUAGCGCCUCGGCCUGUACCGCGGCGCGAGACGAUGCCGUCGACAGGAAUUGGCUUGCGAAGGAUGGCUGGUACAACUGCGAACAGCUUGCCACUGGGCAGUACCAGCUUCAGUACACUCGGAAGCCUACGACGAAUCGCGGCCGCGCAGACGCGAAUACCUAUACAGAAUAUGACCCAUUUGGCGACAUCGUCGCCCUCGAGCCUGCGCCUGAGUUCCGCGCCGGAUUUUGUUGGGUGCAGCAACGUUCUGGCAACGCUUUCCGUGACAACGGUUUCCAGCAGAACACUGCGGGUUUGAACAAGUGGAACGACGGGAUCCUCGGCGAGCUACUUUACGACUUCAAGAUGAGCGACGUUUUCGGCGCCUCACGGGCCUGCCAGGCCGCAAUGGGCGACCCGUUCACCCAAAACAAGUCGCCGCGAAACGCAUUCUACCCAUCCUUGCGCGUAGAAGAAAACCCCCCUUCAGAUGGCGGUGACGGCGAGAUACUCAGUGGGAAGCUUCCCCUGUGUCUCUUCAAUCUCCCCAUCUUCGAAGUCGGUCGCUCAGACCUCGACGCCUGGUGCAACAAUCACAUCGGCUCCAUCUCACGGGACAGGUGGACUAAAGAUGAUGACAGCUGUGGCGAGAAGCUCGAGCUAUGGGCCAUCCAGUCCGACACGAAGCUGUGUGGUUCCAACCAAGGCUCUUACUAUCCGAAGCGCAGCUCCCGACCUGGUUGUUCGCUGCAUGAGCGUGGUGUCAACAUUGCGUCCUGCAAGGACUAUCAGGACAUCUAGUCAAACGUACAUUGAUGUUCCAGGCAAUGCUUUGAGAAAACCGAGAAUCUUGCCCUAAAGGAGCAUUUGGAAGCACUCUUACGCCUCACGAUUUUUGCCACUACCCAAAGCAUCGGACUUUUGACUUCUUUUCAUUGGCAGUAUUGCUGCCUCGCUGUGGCCGAUAAUACCACGUCUCAGGCUAUCGGCUAAGUCGAGCAUAUUAUUAUGGCUCAACCACGACUAAAUAUGUCUCGCCUGAGGAGGGUAACCGUGGCUAGGUAAUUUGCGGCGAGCCAGUAUUUGUGCCUUUGGCGAUUAGAUUGUACCUCGAUUCCCCUUUGAU